UCUGCAGGUUCAAAUUUCGAUGGCAUUGAGUUUCUGUUCCAACUGGGCAACACUUCAGCAACUAACUCCAGAAAUGAGUAGCUUCCAACAAAGGCAAGGAGAGCUAGCAAGACAGGUUUUAGGCAUGUACGACAACAUUGUUGCUGCACCUCCAAACACUUUGGUUGAUCCAUUAUUCGAUCCUGACGAUUUCCUCUACACAGACAAUUAUGCUUCCCUUCCAUAUUUCUCUCCUUCCCCUAGCCCAUUCGUCUCCCUCUCACCUGAAUUUUAUCCAAGUUAUGAUUUUGAUUACUGUGAUUACUCAAAACGUCAGAAAAGCUUUGAAGACCUCUAUUACACUGAUUUCACACCCAAUUGCUUUGAUGGGUAUGGACUGAAUUCUUAUCCUGUCCCUGAUUUCUUGCCGGAAAUUGCUUUUCCGACUACCGAAAUUCCAAAUCCACCGGUUUAUUCGAAUGGCAGUGUUGAUAACAUGAAGCCCAAUGGUGUUGGAUCGUCAGCGCAGAGUGUUGCUGCCAGGCAGAGGCGAAGGAAGAUCACUGAGAAGACUCAAGAGCUUGCAAAGCUUAUUCCUGGUGGGAAUAAGCUUAACACUGCUGAGAUGUUCCAAGCUGCUUUCAAAUACGUGAAGUUUUUGCAGGCCCAAGUCGGAAUUCUUCAAUUCAUGGGGUCAAUUCAGGAAGGUAAAGAUGAGAGCAAUGUGGAAGGAUUAGGAGUUCUUGCAUCUCCAAGAAUUCAAGAAAAGCUCUACUUGGAAGAGAAGUGUUUGGUUUCAAAAGGGCUUAUUGAAACUCUAACAAAGGAUCAGGGGAUCAAGUCAAAUCCAAUGAUUGCGAAAGGUCUCACUAAGUUGAUCCAAUCGGAGUAUCCGUAAUCAGAUAUUAGAUACCAACCUUAAUUAACCACUAAUGGUGUUCUCUUACAUUUUUUUUUUUUUUUGGUUGUAUAUAUAUUUUAA